UUUUAGAAAGAGGUUUCCUUAGGAACAGCUACAAAAAUAUAUUGGCAUUCACCCAAAAAAAAAAAAAAAAAAGCUACAAAUAUAUUGCUGGCAUUAUGUUUGGUUCUUGGUCCAGGAGGAAACGAUUUUCUAAUGCCAUGUCCAUUGUGGAGCUUGCGGUUCAUAUGGAUUGUGAAGGAUGUGAGAAGAGGAUACGAAGGGCAGUCUCAAAAAUAGAUGGGGUUGAUAGCUUAGAAAUAGACAUGGACAAGCAAAAGGUGACUGUGACUGGAUAUGUAGACCAAAGGAAGGUGCUAAAAGUAGUGAGAAGAACAGGGAGGAAGGCAGAAUUUUGGCCAUUUCCAUAUGACAGUGAGUACUAUCCCUAUGCAGCCCAAUACUUGGAUGAAUCUACAUAUGCUUCAUCUUAUAACUACUACACACAUGGAUACAAUGAAAAUGUCCAUGGCUAUUUUCCUGACCAAGCUUACUCCACUGUGGAUGAUCAAACUGUUCAUCUUUUCAGUGAUGAUAAUGUUCAUGCAUACUGCACUAUUAUGUGAAUUUGUAAUUAUAUAUGUAUAUAUAUUAAUAUCUAAAUUUGUGGGAUAUAUUUUUGGUUAUAUAUGUAUAUAUAUUAAUAUCUAAAUUUGUGGGAUA